AUGUCCGCCGAAACCGUGCCCUCGCAUCCAACUCAUAACGCGUCAGAUGCAACACCAGCUCCAGCAGCCACAUCAUCUACAACGCAUCCGACCAUCCCGGCCGAUGAUCUAUCACGUAUGGUAUAUGCCCUCGAUAAGGCAUCGAUAAUCAACGAAGAUCCGGAGAAAUACGGCCACAACCUCCUCAUCAAGCUUGCCGUCGAGGACCCCGCCAUUACAGCCACGAUCAAAGAAGCCCAUGACGCCCACGUGGAAGAGGAGAAGAACCGGGUCGUUGAGUUUCAAGACGUUAUUGAUCAGCUUCGCAACUCUAUCCCUAAAUCAGAUGAAACCAUGAAACCCGAAAAGAUACCUGUACGAUCUUACCACGUUGAGAAGAGGUACAGAACCUGCAUGUACCGAAUCUGCGAUCGAACAUACGAAUAUUCGUCUUUCGGCACCAAGAAAAACGCUUUGGAUGCGUGGAGGAAUCUCCUCGUCUUGCUAGUCCAGAUACCGGACAAAAGAUUGCGGGCCGCAGUCAUUGAUCGUAUCAAUCUCGAAGAGGCGUGUAAUUUCCUGUCCCAUCCCUGGACUAGAGGCAUGGAAGACAUCGUACACUCCUUAACGCCAGCGCAGCGCGAAGAGGUGUGUUUUAUGCCAGUGGAUGGAGCGACGGUUACAUAUGAUAAGUCUGGACGUUCGACAGGCGCAUUCAAAGACAAGUUUACCGAGGUGACGAGAGAAUUAGAAAAGGCGGACUGCCGUAUCCAAUGGGCUGCUUUUUGGGGGCCGUUGAUGGUAUGGCCGGUGGAUCCCGAGAUCGAGGAAAUGAAUGAACAGUAUGAGAUGGAUAUGGAGGGUGCCUACGAGGAUGGUGAUUACGAUUGCUAG